CCCUGUUUUCUCUCUCUCAAUGUAUCUCCUCCGUUUCACCAUAAACCCUAAAAACCAUCAUCAUCCCCCGAUCCUUCAUUUCUUUCUCUUCUCCUUCAGCCGCCACGAAUGGAUGUCCAACCCCAAGACCAAAAUUUCCAUCUUUUGCCAAGACCAUCAGACUGGUUCUUAAAAUUCCUCUCCUUUCAAUCCGAUGUCUUUCACAACUGCAUUGUCUCUGUUUUCUCCUUUGUUUUCUCUCUCUUCUCCGUAGCCUCAGAGUCCUACCACCGUGCGGAGGAGGCAAAGGCCAGCGCCAAGGCUGCCGUCCAGAAUGUCCCCUCAAACAUUGGCCAUGGCACCAUUGUCUUGUUGAAAAAAAUCUUUUGGGGGUUUCUGGGUGCGAUGCACGUGUAUAUGGUUUUGGUAGCAGUGAUGGUUCUGGCUGCUCUGGUGGGAAUUGGGUUGGUGCAGUUGUGCUUAGAGGAGCCUGUGCAUGUGAGGGAGACGCUGUACUUUGAUUACACCCUUGUGAAUCCCACGGCUGAGUUCUGCUUUGGCCCCGGCAGCCGCGGCCAGGGGAAGGCGCAGAUGGGUGUUCCCGUGGGGCACACAUUUCAUGUUUCUCUGGUCCUUCUCAUGCCUGAAUCUGAUUUCAAUCGCCGUAUUGGUGUGUUUCAGUUGAAUGCAGAACUCGUAUCAAGCAUUGGGAAGGUGAUAGUUAGGUCUAGCCAUCCAUGUAUGUUGCAAUUCAGAAGCUUACCGAUUCGGCUUGGCCGAACAUUUGUUUUAGGUGCACCCCUUCUCCUGGGACUUACCAGCGAAACGCAGAAGAUUUCUGUUGACAUGUUGAACAUCAAGGAGGGAAAUCCAAGAACUAAAGCCGUUAGAGUUUCUUUGGUUCCGAGGGCCGGGACUUCAUCUCUCCCUCAAUUGUAUGAAGCUGAAAUUCUUAUUAAAUCAGAGUUGCCUUGGACGAAAAGAUUGGUGCAUAAUUGGAGGUGGACAUUAUACGUGUGGACAUCUCUGUAUGUUUACAUAAUCUUCCUGGUAAUUCUCAUGUCUUGCUUCAGAUCAGUCUUGUUUCCCAUGACAGCAACAAAUUUUGAUGAUGAAGUAAGGGAUGCAGUGGUAGUAGAUGAAUCCAGAGGACCACAGAUUGGGGCUAGAGAGGAGAGGAAUGAAGGUGUUUCAGAGUUGAUAAGAAAAUGGCAACAAAGCAGAAUCAAAAGAAAGGCAAUUGUUCUUCAGAAGGCUGUACCAGAAACUGUUGGUUCAUCAGCAUCAACCAUGAGUGUGACCAGAGAAGAGACUAGUGCAGUUAUUGAAGAAGACAUCGGAGACUCGGAAUCUGUAUGUUCAGGAAAUUAGGUGGUGAACUGAAUUUUGUCAAUGAGAAUGGCUCUUGUAAUAUGUAUCAACAAAUCAAUGAAAACAGCAGAGAGGAUGAAGCAAGAUGAUCAUUUCCUGCUCGUAAAAUGUCUUGUAACUGACUACAGAUAAAAGACAGAAACAUCGCACAUAAUAACUCAAUGACUAAGAAAUUCUCUAGCUCAGA